AUGGCCCACUUUGGAACAAACAAUCUAUUCAAUAUUCUUGAUGAAAUUCAAAAUCAAAUUCUGAGGGAAGAGAAACCAAAUACUCGAAAAAAAGCACUAGAGGAUGAACUUCACAAGCUAUAUUUGCACACAUCUCUGGAGAUAUGCAAGCAAAGACUACGCGGAUCCGUAAACAAGGAUACCCUUAGCAAGGUGGGGAAAAUUAAACAAUAUUUCAAGCAUAUAGAAAAUAUCCAAAAUUGA